AUGGCUCAUGUAGCUCUAGAUGGUAAAUUGGCUUGUCAAAUCCUUCUGGCAUUCCGAGUCCUUCCUUCUGGCAUUCCGAGUCCUUCCUUCCAACUGGAAAAAAAUUUCCCGACAACUGGAAAAAAAUUUCCUUCCGACAGGCAAAAUUUUUUCUGUUGUCCGUCCGUAAACCAUUCAAAUUUUCGAAAAUUGAGAACUUUUUGGUCGAACUUCAGAAAAAGUUUUUCCUUCCGACAGGAAAAGUUUUUCCUUCUGGCAGGAAAAGUUCUUCCUUCCGACAUUCCGAGUCCUUCCUUCCGACAGAAAAAGUUCUUCCAUCCGACAGGACACAAACGAAUGUCCGACGUACCACCAACCGAGUCCAUUCCAAAGCCAGAAGAACCGACAGCCCCAGCACCACAACAGACUUACUAA